AUGGCCGAGCCUAACAUCUUGGCCUUGACGUUUAAUCAUGUCGCACUGCCCCCACAGCUUCCAGGAAACCAUGAUAGGAACGCAGAGACCGAGAAGGUAAACAAAGAGCUGGUUGAACGGCUCCUUCAGUCGGUGGACACACUCAGGACUGCCUGUGAUAAGUCAGCGAUCUGGGAUCCUAUUGAAAAAUUGUUGCGGACAUGCAUACUUCUGAAUGGGAACGCCUUCGUCAACAGAGACGCGGCGCUGCGUGCGUUCAAGGAAAUUGCACCCGGUGAUGCACUUAUUCUCCACAUUGCCCAGCAAAACGCUUGUCUAUAUCUACGGAGACCACGCGAUGACGAAGAUGUAGUGGUCAUCGAAGCUUUUGAGACAUCUCCAACAACAGAACAAACCCUGGCGGCAGAUGGAGCAUUGUCAUGGGACUUCCCUGGUCAAGCAGUGUUAUUGCCUCUCCACGAUUUCGCGGAUCCCCUCUUUCAGUCAAACUUUGCAGCACUUCUCGAAAAGGCGAGCACUGAGCCUAUACAUGAGUUCGCACCCAAGACACGGAAGGCGGGAGCCGAGGUCUCCGAGACUAGAGAUUCAACGGAUCCUGGGUUCAUAACGCAAUUUCUGAUGACAUUCGUUGCUGCGAAUGGCGAGCGAGCCUGUCCCCCACUUCUCAGAAAGCGCGUAAGAGACGAUGUCUGCUGGAACAACGCGGAGCUACCUUGGCGGCGGAGCCCCUUCUGGCUUGUACUACGAGUCUGCAUUGAGCGAAUGCUGAUCUUUCGCCUGGGAGAGGCACUGGGUCGCUUGUACUACAAAGUCCUCUUAUGUGCGCUGAUGUCGGGCCUGCUGGACGAUGCCGUCAAUCACCUCAGUCCUGAGCAUUGCCACUUCCUGAAGUCCAAGCUUUGUCGGCGCUUGGCCAAGCUGGAGAAAGAGAAGGAAAAUUGUACUGGAUCUGUCGCCGACUCUUACGGGAACUUGUUAUCAGCGGUCGGUCCGAUGUGCCAGAAGUCAGUCUCAAACGCUACCACUGCUCUGGAGUUAGAGUGGAAAUCGUUCAAAAGAAGUCUCGAACGCAAGAUACCAUCCCUUCCACUCUACGCGCACCGGAAUGAUUUGGAGAUAAGUCUGCGGAAUAGUGCUGGAUUUUUUCACUCGAUUCUGAAGCCUCCCCAGAAGGCUUCUUGGCAACCACUUAGCAUUGAUUCAAAGCAACUGACUCGCAACAUACAAAAAGCGACAACAAACCCCUUCCUUGACCUUGUUACGAAUUAUUCUGCUCUCGCUGACCGAGAACGAGCCAUAGAGUCCGAGGCAAGAGAGGCUCCCCGCACCAAGGUGGAUUGCGAAGCGUUAUGUAUGAAUAUCGCCUCGACGAUUGAAGAUUAUCUCAAUACCGCCAGCAAUGCAUACCAGGAUGAUCCUGAGCAAAUGGGGAUUUUUAUUCUGAACUUGUUCGAAAUGUGGGUUCAUAUGGACAAGUGCGCCACGGCGGUGUGUCCAUUGCUCAAAUCAUAUCAUCCCUGGGUGAAGCCCGAGUUGUUCGAUGUGAUACUACUCUCGCGUCUUAGCGACAUGGAGCGCCUACAGAAAAUUCAGGUUUACAUCAGUAUUCGCUGCAAGCAAGCCCGGGCUGACCGAAGCACAAUCUUUGAUGACCCUUCGCUUAGAUGCUUUGCAGACCGGUACUUUGAUUCAGAGGAUGGCGAGCCAAUGCACCAGCUCCAGAGAAAGAUCAAAGCCGCGUCGCUGAAAGCUCGAGAGGACAAGGUCGCGGAACUCGAGCGGAUCAACAAUGAAUUUCGUGACCUAACAGAGAAGAAAACAAUGAACGCCUGCACACAGCGCCUGCAUCCAGACGGAACCCACGACAUCCGGGGCUGUAGCCAUUGUUACUAUAUUCGCAGGCGACGCCGCCUGAAAAUAGACGUUCAUGAGGACUUUCUUCCUCCAGAUGACGAUACGGCGAGGCAGCGGGCAGUUGUUUUUGAACUCAAUUUGCCAAAGUGGUUUGAAGCUUACCGUGCCGCGACAUGGAAUAUUAUUGCCACUCUCAGCAGAGCUCCUACCGACGGUCCCAGUGACUUUGGAGAGCCAGAAAUGUUGCUUGGCAGCUACUCACAGUUGGAAAAGUAUCAUACAACAAGGAAGAACGAAGGCCUUACUCUGGCGUCUUUCUCAAAAUCCUAUUUGAAAACACAUUACAACUGGAAAGCAUUGCCUGCUAGGAGCUCGACGGUCCUGCUACCCUCAGGUUUGAAGUUUGUUUAUUACGACUCAAAACGCAAGGUCUGGGUGAGAACGUUUACCAGAAAAGAUCUAACGUUCGCCCAUCACUUCAGCAUCAGUCUACCCCAGCAGAAUCCAUUUGCAGCUCUGUACUCGUCGGUACUAUUUGCAGUUGAGGGGCCGGGCCCGUCAUCUUAUGAGACAGUUGCUAGCGCUAAUAAAUGCCCUCCCUGCCUCAGUUUGCAUGAAUACCAGGCCAGCCAUCACCUGAUGGGAGGGAGGAACCGACGCUGGCUUUCAAUGCUCAUCGAACUAGGGUCUUCGAACAUUGAUUUUAGCCUACAAGAUACCGUCGCCCUGGUGCGCCUGCUUGCGUUCCAGGUUGGGCCCGGACUAGAGAACGAUACCCUACGAGCUGUGCAUAUUGUGUUUCGAGAUGUUCAAUUCUGUCGGAGGCUCAACGAGCUUCUCCAUCAGCACAUUGAUAUAAUCUCGGCAAACUGGCGGGAGGUGAAUUACAUGGAAACUAUGCUUCUUUUGGCGCUUCAACUCUGGUCGUAUUGCUGUUCAGCGGCUCGCUUCGAUGCGUACGAGCUCAUCUGCCGUAUCAGGAGGGUCACGCUCUCUUGGAUACACCUUCUUCGUGAUCUCAUGCGUAACUCUGAGGAGGCCGACACGGCAACUCAAGCGGCUCGUCAUUGCUUCUUGUCUGCUCUUUUAUGCCGCAGAACAUUCCUGCCCCAGGCCUAUGAAAAUUAUGCAAUGACUGCACAAGAUUUCAAGGUCUUCGUUGAAACGUCUCUCGCCAUGCAGGAGAGUCUAGUCGUUGAUCUUACCAAAUUUAGUUCCACUACCCGCAGCAUGCUCGUUCGCGAUAUAAAAAUGGGCGCUGUGAUGCAGCGCAGGCUUGGGGUUUGGAUGGAGCAGCAUCCAAGCGCUGUCAACGAGGCUCUGGAUUCAACCUGGCCGGCGACCGCACGGUCCUACACUGAUUGGAAAUUUGCUCCUAUUUUGAACGAUACCUGCUGGGUGACAGCGACGGCCCAUGGAUCCAAUGGUGCUGGCAACCCUCAAGUGGUCCAUCUCCACCUGCUCCAGGGUCACCUGCUCCUAGAUGGACAGACCAUCGGAAAGCUGCCGACUGAUAUCACUGAUUCCGAACUUUUAAGGACUUUGUUUGGGAAUCAGAGGCUUUUCGCAUUCCCUUCCAAUAUGCCAGGCAUGCGCUAUGUGCUUGCUCUUGACAAGGAGGGCUACCAGAUACACCUCGGCUAUCGAAGCAAGGAGUUGGUCGUGCGAGCAGUGAAGGCUGGUUCAAUUCUGGAGCUUGUGCCACGUGCUGUCUUUGGUCAUGGCUCUGGCCUUGAUUUGGAUCUUCCAGCCACGUUGGUCGAAGAAUGCGUUCAUUGGCUUGAUAUCAACUCAGGAAUUCUCUACGUGAGGCGGCAGGCGCGGAUGUGGAACGACGAUUUUUGGGUCUUGAAUCUUCGAAGUCGUAGGGCCCAGCGCAAGCGAAUGUCCUUGAUAGACCAGCGCAGCAGUAUCUUUCGUUCGAUAACCCAGAUCUUCCGCCAUUUUGAAGAACCGUGCAAUAUAAUGGUUACCCAGCCGUUGAACGGCCCUCUCUGCGUCGACCUGAAACGCAUGAACUUGACCUUUUACGUCAACAAGAAAAAUCUGUUGCAAUGUAAGCAGCUGAGUGCUGAGGUGGAUCCAAACCAGGACGCUGGCACCUUCUAUGGGCUGCAGAGUAUGCUCGUCCUGCGCAACGUGUACAACCGUGCACAGCGAAGUAUCAUUGUUCCACUGGGAGAGCUUGAAUGCAUACGGAAAGGCAUGCACGUCGCCGUCCGAAUUCGAAACAUGGGCCUGUAUGCAAGAUACAUCGUUGACAACGUGCUGGGUAGAUUACAGAGCCCCCAGGACCUCCAGAUCCUCUAUACUAAAGCACUACUGCACGCGGUCACAUCGUCGUUCAUACCGGAUACACUCACAGGUCAAACAGGGACAGAGGAGUCUCUUGUAUCCUUGCAGUCUGGACAAUUUCAACCGUGGAAUCCUUUAACGGAGCUGGAAAUUAGAAUCUUACAAUCAAUCGCGGACCUGACCGCUCGACGCGAGUAUUAUCCUAAAGACAGGAAAUGCCAGCAGAUCGUGCAUUGGAAGCCAAAUUUGACUUCUUUCAUUCAGCAUGAUGGGUACCGGCCCGCCGUGGAGACUAUACUGCUCAAAUCUAAGCGAUUGACAAGUUUCGCUGUGGAUUCACCGGAGCCAUCCGCCACCUCCACGAAGGGUCCAAAGCCAUCAAAUGUACCGCACCUCUGUCAGCGUGCCUACUGGCGCCGUUCACUUUAUGAACGGACUUCCUCAUUCCACCAGGCCAUUGAAAUGCACCAACCGAAAGAUUUUCGCUAUAGUAGCCGUGACGGUUGGGUUUCAAACAGGCGAACAGGGAAUGUCCGAGAGAUUGUUGAUCUUAUCAGGCUUCGGCCUCCGUCCGUUCAUACAACACACUCACUGGAAAAAUUGCUACAACAGUGGCCAUUGAUUGGCGGUUAUAGCACGUCAUUCAACCUAAACACACUCGACGAUUAUCUCUCUGUUGAACUUCCACAUCACUGGGGUGCUCUGGUUAAGCUAUGCAAGGCGUCCCCCAUUAAGGAGAAGUUUGGCAUCCUCUUCAAGCUGGGAUUAAUCGCGUUUCGGAAUGGCGUCGAUAUGACAGCUUUGCGGGUAAUAGGAGCAUUCUAUGUUUUGGACGACCUGAAAGCUCUGGAGUUGCCGGAAUAUCCCUCCUUCGCCAAGUUCGAGGUUGGUGAAGUACCGACUGCCAAACUGAUCAGCGAUUUGGCUAUGCCAUAUCUCGAACCGUUCCAGGAAGCUCCUCCGCCACGAAAGCGGAACAGGAAACAGCAAGCAGCUACCAGUCGUGCAAAGCCGACAUUGGCGGAACAUCAGAAGAGGUGUGACGACGCUCUGAGAACAUUUACCGAUUUCCUACUGGGCCAGUGGCCAUGCUCAGCCCCAUCAAUAGAUGGACUAGCAAUAGAUAUUGAGUGUCUGAAUGUUCCCCAAGCGGUGCUUGUCAUCAACAAGGAAUGGGGUCGACUCUUCGCCAAUCUCCAGCUCCAUAAUCAUCUUCAAAAGGCACAGCUGAUCCUGAACAAGCACUACUCAUCAGACAAGCCGGUGAUUGCUAAAUGGCCUAAUCUCGAUUGUGAGAUCGUUCACGGAAUUCGGGCUCGCCGCGAGUUUGAUCUGCCCCGGCUCGACGAAGACCUUCUGCAGAGGCCGGGUCCCUCGAUUGAUGUGUACCACAGCAGCCUAGAAGGGCUGAGAAAGCUUGCCAAGGCAAAGAUGAUAUCUCCUGGCCUACAGUCUUUUCCCAGCUUCACACGCGGUUCAGGCUCUCCAGGUUUCCUUGGUUCCGCGAGCGCCUCAAUUAGAGCCAAUCAUAAUUCAGAGGUCGCAGAGGUCGAAUCUAUUGUUGAUGGCCUGUUGAAUACUCAGUGCCCUGUGAAAUUACAAUACGGUCGGGACCUGAAAGAGAGCAUAGCUUCGCUUUCCCUUGUCCGUUCACCUGCGAGCAUGGGUUUGGACCUUGACUUCGAAAAGGGGGUCGAACCAUUGAAUGCGGAGAUAUGGGCCGCACGGGCAGCCAUCAAUCAGAGGCGCGAGCAGAUAACCAACGCUCUCUCACGCGGUAACUGCACGUAUAUUUGGCUAAGGCAAGGCAACCUAUGGCCUUGUACCAUGCCUGUUCCACUUCUGCAGCAGCUGCGAUCCACUUCACGGUGCUGCUUCGGCCCAGGCAUGGAGAAAGCCCUCGUUUCGUAUGGCCAAUCAAUUCUGGAUUUGCAACGGCUGAUCCGAAUUAAAGAGGCUCUGGCCAAGAAGGACAAAGCCAGAUUGCAUCAGGAAAUGUGCGAGAGUGGCCACACCAACUGGCAGCCUUACAGCUUCCCUGACUGGCUGUUGUUGGAGCUUGACGCGAAUAUACUGCUCCGAGAAGAGCAGGUCACUGUAGCCUUAGAGAUGAUUGAUCCUAGCUCUAAUGCUAACUCGGUUCUCCAGAUGAACAUGGGAAGAGGGAAAACAUCCGUCAUCAUGCCAAUGGUUGCUGCUGUUCUCGCUGAUGGAAAGAUGCUUGCCCGACUGUUAGUGCCAAAGGCAUUGCUCUCCCAAACGGCACAGAUACUCCAGUCUCGGCUCGGGGGACUGCUGGGCAGGGAGAUUACCCACGUUCCAUUUUCACGACGGACUCCAACAACUGCAAACAUGAUUGAGGAAUAUCGUCACCUGCACAAGGAGAGCUUGUACGGAUCGGGCAUCAUUCUCGGUAUUCCCGAACAUGUCUUAUCAUUCAAGCUCAGUGGCCUACAGCGACUCUCCGACUCCAAGAUUUCCCAGGCCGCUGAUAUGGUUGGAACUCAGCACUUGUUGGAUCUUGUCUGCCGCGACGUCCUCGACGAAUGCGACUUCUCCCUUGCUGUGAGAACCCAGCUCGUCUACCCCAGUGGCUCUCAAUUAGCAGUUGAUGGCCACCCCUACCGCUGGGAAGUCACAAUGGCCAUUCUAGCUUCCGUUGCGCAUCACUUACCGCGCCUUGCAAACGACUUUCCUUGCAGCAUUGAUGUUAUGAAUCGACCCGCUACCGACUUUCCAGUUGCCUACCUUUUACGGGACGAUGCGGAGCGUGCUCUACUAAAGAGAUUAGUGGAUGACAUUUGUGAUGGCCGGACGUGCUUUCUGCCCGUAGGUCACUGUGAAAGUCACGAGCUUCAGUCAUUGAGAAUUUUCAUAUCCCAGGAGACUGUCGAGGCGUCGGUCAGCAAGCAUGUAUCCAACAUGUUCCCGGACAAACCUCACUUCCGCAAGAUUAUCUAUUUGCUUCGGGGAUUGCUCGUACACGGCAUUUUGCUUCUGUGCUUAAAGAAGCGAUGGAAUGUCCAAUACGGGCUCCAUCCUACGCGCGACCCUAUGGCCGUCCCUUUCCUUGCCAAGGGCGUGCCGUCCGAUCAGGCGGAAUGGGGCCAUCCCGAUGUUGCCAUCCUAUUCACAUGCCUCGCAUUUUACCACCAGGGAAUUAGUCUCAAGCAGCUACGUCAAAGUCUCCAGGCGGUGCUCAGAUCCGACGACCCGACUUCGGAAUACGACCGCUGGACCCAGACAUCAACUGCCUUGCCAGAAUCCUUACGCCAUUGGAACAUCAUAAAUGUUGAUGAUGAAGGCCAGGUCUAUGAGAUUUGGCGGCAUCUUCGUUUCAGGAAAGUGGUGAUCGAUUAUUUCAUCAAAUCCUUUGUUUUCCCUAUCCAUGCCAAGCAAUUCAGCAUCAAAUUGCAGGCUUCAGGAUGGGACAUCCCGUUGUUUGGUAAAACCGAGCAGUUGCCUGAGGACGACUACCCCAAACACGCUGGAAUUACAACUGGGUUUAGUGGGACGAAUGAUAAUCGACGUCUUCUUCCUUUGACUAUAGAGCAACAUGAUCUUCCUGAACUGGCUCACACAAAUGCAGAGGUCCUCACUUACCUUCUGCAGCCAAGGAAUCGCCAAUACAUGGUCGCUGCCGGUUCCGACGGCAGACGCCUUUCGGAACAUGAUUUGCUCGACCACCUUCGACUGAAGAAGAUACGUAUUUUGAUUGAUGCUGGCGCCUAUAUUCUCGAGAUGGACAAUCACACAUUAGCUAGGGCUUGGUUACAACAAGAUCAGGAGGCGUUAGCUGCAGUGUAUUUCGGGGAGGACAAUAGACCUUGGGUACAGUAUCAAACGGGUAAAAUCGCUCUUUUGAUCGCUACCCCCUUCGUGGACAAUAUGGAUCGCUGCCUUGUCUAUCUCGACGAAGCACACACUCGAGGGACAGAUCUCAAACUUCCGCUUGAUGCUCGAGGCGCCUUGACACUUGCUCUGCAUCAAACUAAGGAUCACACGGUACAAGCCGCCAUGAGGCUGCGGCAACUAGGCACCACGCAAUCCAUCACUUUUGUCGCACCACCGGAGGUCCAUCAAAGCAUUCUGGACGUGGGAAACAAACAGACCACUGAUCGCAUUGAUUCAUCGGACGUCAUUGCAUGGCUACUUCAUCAAACUUGCGCCACAAAUAAGGACUUGCUUCCUUUGUACUACGCUCAAGGUGCAGACUUUUGCUACCGCAUGCAAGCUGCAGCAACUUACGAAAAGUUCCUCACGAGUAAGAACCAUCGGGAAAGAUUUCUUGAUUACCUGCAGCAGCCGGAACAACAGACCCUUGAACAGCUUUAUGACCCUCAGACUCGAAAGAAUUGCGAGGCGGCGUCAGCUCGGGAGGAGUUGAAACUGCGAGGCGUGCUAAAGACAUUUAUGCGAGACCUCGGGCGACAUCGCGAUCUCAUUCAGGAACAAUACUCCUCCGCUCAUACCUCCGCGCUGGAAGAAGUAGAGCAGGAGCGAGAGGUGGCAUAUGAGGUUCAGGAGGAAAGGGAGCUACAGCGACCGCGUCCUAGGAAAGCCCUUACCUUUCCGGGGAUUCAUCCAGCAAUCCUGAGUUUUGUCCAUUCCGGUGCAUUAGAAGGCAAAGUAGGCUUCCUCGGAGCAUCACAAAUUUCUUUGUCGACUGAGCUGGCACUGAAGCACGGACUGAAGGAGCUCUCCAUUAUCUCUCGGCUUUACGCCUCGGAGGAAAUGAUAAGAUCGAUUGAAUUACGGCGCGGGGAGAGAAACGACAACUACACGCGUUCUGUGAAUUGGAUUCUCUGGAGUAUGAAGACAGACACUGCUCUGGUCAUAAUCCCGGAGGAAGCGGAAGCCCUGAUUCCCAUCAUCCGCUCUAUGGAGACUCCCCGUGUGCACCUGAUCCUCUACGCCGCGCCGUUCACCAAAAGGAUGUUGCAAUUCAAUCGUCUCAAUUUCUACGCAAUUCCAUCUCUACCGGAAGGCUGGAAUGCGCCUCUCUGGCUCCGUUUUGAGAUCGGUAUACUGGCAGGACGAUUGUACUUCGAGUUCGACGAAUACCAGGAUUUGCUUGAUCGCCUCCAUGUCGAGCCUGAAGGUAAUCUACGGCGCACUAAGGACACUACGUUACAGUUUCUACAGGAGUGGCUGGCCCUCCGUCGUCACGGUCAAGAUAUUUCCCAUACACCAAUGGGUUAUGUGUGCCAGCGGUGGACAAUUCGCCCCGAUCAUCCCUUCUUCUCAACCACGCAGAAGGCAGAUGAGAACAACGCGACUGAGCUCUUCUCCUCCGCAAAACAUAAUAUUGUUACUGCGGUGGACGAGGUUUUCUACGAUAGCGAUGACGAAGAAGUCGUUACCCUGGAAGGUGAUGACGGUGCAUCGGAUCAUGGCGGUGAAAUGUACAAUUUAGCAGACGGACUCGAAGGCAUAAAGUUCCACUGA